GGAGUUCAUGCGCGGGCACGCGCUCUCUCGUGCGCGCACACACACUCUCACACAAACACACUCGCACGCGACACGUUCGUGAUAAAUUUCGGCUUUGACAAUUUCUCCUUCCACACCAGAAGCAUGUCACGACAAAACCGAGCGGCUCGAUUAGACUAGCUGAAAGGCAGCGGGAAUGAGGCUGUGAAACAAUAGGCGUUGGCCAUGUGGACUGAAAUACGAAGACAUUAACUCCAAAGAGAGGUCUGCCACUGUUUAAACAGGAAAAUUUUCCUUUUCCUUCUCUGUUUCCUGUGACUUCAUGGUGAUCUUCCUGUGACCCUUGGCCCCCAAAAAGCAGCUGGAAAUAGAAUCAUAACUUAAAGGACCAACUGGAAUCACCAUUCCUGCCAUUUUACUUCUCAGAUGACAAUCAUUUUGGAUUGUGAACAAGUUUACAGAUUAAUUUCACAACCCCUGCAACUCAUCUGACCGUGUGAAAGUAGACAAUCAGUAGCAAGUUCUGGGUUCAUCAUGUUAAAUUCUGAAGUCACCCUCUUGCACUGAUUACAUCACUGUUCAUCCUGCUGAGCAUUGAUAAGGUCUGGCCUAAUCAUGUUCCUGAAGAGGAAGUUGUGCAUUGCUGGCGUGUUUGGUGGUGUCCUGUUUUUUAUGAUCGUCUCUCACACCAUUCAGAAGAACAGCUUAGUGCCUGAGAUGGAUGAAGCUGCUCACAGCACUGCCAGGACUUCAACACAGACUCAAAUCAAGACUGUAACUGAGAUGAGUCAACAUCACUUGUGUAGCUGCCCAGCUUGUAUCACAGAUCAAGGUGUUUCGGAGUGGUUUGACCAACGCUUUGAUGAUAAGCAGCAGCCUUACCUUAGUGCUGGAGUAAAUCAAAUAGAUCCAGACUCAUUAAAGUGGUGGCUGGGUUUGCAGAAGUCAUCAAAUGGGCACAUCAAUGAAAUAAUUGAGAAAAUGUUUACAGUGAUUUCUCCCCCUGGAAUAAAACAAAUGAGUCAGCCAAGUCAGUGUCAGAAGUGUGCUGUGGUUGGAAAUUCAGGAAAUCUGCUGCAGUCGAAGUAUGGAGCUAUGAUAGACUCCCAUUCCUUUGUCUUCCGGAUGAAUAAAGCAAAGACUUUGGGUUUUGAGCAGCAUGUAGGGAACAAGACCACUCACCACAUCAUGUACCCAGAGAGUGCUGUGGAUCUGGCUCCUGGGGUUCAUCUUGUCCUGCUGCCCUUUAAAUUGAGAGACCUUGAGUGGGUGACUAGUGCCCUUUCAACUGGGGAAGUCAAAUCGACCUACAUGAAAGUGAAAGAACUUGUGCAAGCGGAUAAAGAUAAAGUGAUGGUGGUGAACCCAAGCUUCUUUAAGUACACUCAUGACCGCUGGACAGAGCACCACGGCAGAUACCCCUCUACUGGCAUGCUGGCCGUCGUGUUUGCUCUGCACCUCUGUGAUGAGGUCUCAGUGUUUGGUUAUGGGGCAGACUCACAGGGAAAUUGGCAUCACUACUGGGAGGACAACAAGUACGCUGGAGCCUUCCGCAAGACAGGUGUGCACAGUGGUGACUUUGAACGUGACGUCAUUCUGAAAUUGGACGCAGAAGGCAAAAUUAAACUCUACCCAAAGGUGGAAAGCAAGGCUGGAAAAUAAGGCUUUUAUUAAUGUUAAAUGAAUGAAUCAUGGCUACAUAAGCGUAUGAGGUACUGACGCCGAGCCAAAGAUGAGCCACAAACAGCUGUGAUCCACCCAGCUGUUAACUGACCACUGUGAGUUAUGCUGAACCAAACCCACUGGCAACAAGUUUUAUUCUUUCCAGACCAAACAGUCCUUUAUUAUUUUUAUUGCUCUGUUGUUACUUGCCGUGUGUUUUAUGCUGAACCACUUCUUGUGAAGAUCAAGAAACGAAGGAAAUUGAGCAUAUAAAAGCAGCUAUGGGGAGCAGCUUAAGGCUGAUUAGUCCACACUGUGCUACACCUAAUCGCCUUAUAGACACUGGAGAUUUAGGAGUUGUACAUCCUUAGACUCUGUGUAAAUUGCAAUGACCAAAAGCAUGUUUAAAACCUAUUGAAGUUAAACCCAUGGUUCAUGUCUACAGCAACAAUAUUUUUACUGCAGAUGACAGCAAAAUGUAGUUUGUGUUACAAUUAAUGAAUGUCUACAAAAAUUGACUUUGAAUUUGUAUUUUUACUGUGCCUGUUCAUUGAAGCAUAUGGAAAAUUAUAUUUCAUAGGCAUUGUUUUUUGGAUCAUAAUAUGUUGUGGACAUAUUCAGUAACAAUUGAACAGAUAGUAUUAUAGACCGUCGUUAAAAGGAAAAUGCCAACGUUUGCAGCUCCAGUGUGUUGCACAAGUAUUCUCUUUUCCAUAUUGUCGUCCUGGAA